AUGGAUUUAUCACUUCUAUCCCCAGUCAACUUCAAUAGUUUUAAACAUGGUUUACCAAAAACAGCCUUGAAAGUUCUCUCUAAAAAUUUAAUCCGAUUUACAGUCAAUGAUAAUUUGAAAGAAUUCCAUCAAAAAUUAAGAGAAGAAUUACUAAGUUUUGGUAAUAAUUGGGAUAACUUAAAAAAAUCAGUUGAAGACGAAUAUGAUUUUGAAAAUUUCGAUUCAGAAGAUGAAUAUCAAGAAGCUGAAGAAACUGCCGUAUUAAAUAUGACCUGUAAAACAUGCAAAAAUUGUGCUUGUUGCUGUUUAAAAUUAUUAGUAAAAUACAAUUUGUAUAGUAAUGCGUAUACAAAUUUAUCUUUGGCUUAUAAUUAUCUUUUAACUCUACCGGUAACACAAGUAGCAUGUGAGAGGUCAUUUUCAACUCUAAAAUUCAUAAAAAAUCGAUUACGAAAUACUCUAACUAAUGAGCAUUUGGAAGCGUUUAUGUUGAUGUCCGUGGAAAAGCGAACAUUAGUAUCUAUAGAUGACGAUAUUUUAAUCGACAGAAUUGGGAAAACUAGUGAAGUUAUGAAAAAAAACCUAAUUAUGUAA